GAAUAAAUGAAAAUAAAAGAACUGCGGGUGCAUGUGAGAAUUGGUGGACAAAACUUAAAUCAAAAUGCAGUAAGUGGACCGCAAUAAGAGUUCAAGCAGAUCGACAUUAUCGAAGUGGCUGGAGUUCAGCUAAUUUUGAACACUUAUGUCAUGCCACUUUUGAGGAAAAACACGAUGCAAAGUUCAAACACAAAGCUUGUUGGAAGAUCCUAAAAGAUCAACCUAAGUGGUUGGAGUUUGGUAAUGGGAAGAAACGCCAACCAGGAGAGCGGUUAGGUAAUUGCAAGAAUGCUGUAAAUGGGGAACCAUUUUCGGUACAAGGAUCGUUUGACGUGCAGACACUAGUGACCCUAAUUGACACCUCCAUUGGGGCUACACACAUAGAUGUAGAUGCCUCGGGUGGACAAGCUGGUUACAAUGAACUAAGUGGGCCUGCUGCAAUAGAUCUCGAGCGUCCAAUGGGUGUUAAGAAAGCAAAGGCCGGUACCAAAGUAACCAACCAACGGAAACGUAAAAUCAGACAAUAUGAAGAAUCUCAAGCCUCGGUUACUCGAACGAUAACUGCAAGUUUUAUGGCACUUGAUUCGUCGUAGAAUGACAGAUGAUCUAGAAUGGAGGAGGAUAAACUAAGAAAAGAGAAAAAGAUGGACGAGCACUAUGAACGCAUGUCCGAAAGAGUAAAUAAGAAGCAUAACCUUGAUAUGGCUAGAGAAAAAAGUCUACUAACUAAGGAGAUGGCGAACAUUGGUGAGGAGAUUAUACGUGCAUUCCGCAAGCUUGCAGAUAUGGGCCCAGAAGAACUCUUAACUGAAGUUUCUAGAAAAGAGUAUUUGGUACAAAAAGAACAGUUGGAAUACUACACCGAUGUUCACAAUGGUACGUUUGCUUUCUUUUUAUGGUUUCAUGUUGUUGUAAUUGCAAUGACAAAACUAUUUGGAUAUAAAAUAUUAGCAAUGUCCAUAAAUCAAAGCAGCAAUUGCAAGCAUCAAGAUACCAAAUUCCCCACCUGUGGACGUCGGUGAAUCAAGUGCUUCACCGAAUAAAGGUAGAAAAUGUAGCCGAGAUGCAGACUUGGAAAACAUUAGCUUCUAAUUGCAGUGGCAACAGCCUGUUUGGUCAUUCUUGCAGGCUUAAAGCAUACAUCUUAAAUAUUUUUAUUUUUUUGUUGGUGUGUGGGAUUACUUAUAGUCGAAGGUACAUCGACAACAUGCAUAUUUUUGUUUUGCACAUAUAUUGUGUGUUGUAGUGGUCUGAGACAGGUUGGAGCUUCGGUUAUAUUUGGGCAGAUAUUGUCUUAUUUUUGGUUUUGUAA